UCACUCGAGCUCCUCUCAGUGACGUGGACAUAGUCAGCUCCCAGCCUCAGAUCUUUGUCCUCCGUGUUCUGUUAGGGAUCCGAGGUGUUCUUAUUCUCUCUGGGAAGCCAGAGCCCAAGGGCUUCCUUCCCAAGGAGUGAGUUCCCUCUUAAUGUGAGGGAAAGCAAAGGCUAGAAAAGGAGGAGGAGGAGAAGGAGCAGAAAGAGGAAGAGGAGGAAGAGGAGCGGAACAAGCUGGAGGAGGGGCAGAAUCUGGAAGCCAAGUCUGAAGGGAGGAGCAACCAGCCAAUGAGGGGCAAGUGGACUGCACCCUGACCUACUGGGCCGGGACAGUACAGGGUCUACAGGGUCACUGCCCUCCCAGGGCUGGCAUCCACCCUCUCCCUGUCGGUGUCCUGGAACACCAUGAGGAUGCUGCCCUGGUUUCUUGUCUUCUCUACUGUGAGUCUUCAGGCCUGGGGUACUCCCACCAUGGUCUCCCGCAAGGAGUGGGGGGCAAGAGCACUCACCUGCAGGGCUCUGCUGAGCCCACCUGUGCCCUACCUCAUCACAGAUCAGCUGGCGGGGAUGGAGUGCGAAGAGCAGAACACCUGUAGCCAACUGCUGCGGGGCUUACAGUCCCAUUCUGUCCACACCAAAGGCUGGUGCGACUUGGCCUUCAACUUCCUGGUUGGGGCUGAUGGCAGGGUGUAUGAAGGUGUCGGCUGGGAUGUCCAAGGCCUGCACGCUCCAGGCUACAACAAUAUCUCCCUGGGUAUCGCCUUCUUUGGCAGUAAGAUAGGCAGCAGUCCCAGCCCAGCUGCCUUAUCAGCUGCGGAGGGCCUGAUCUUCUAUGCCAUUCAGAGUGGUCACCUGUCACCCAGGUAUAUUCAGCCACAUCUCUUGAAACAAGAAAUCUGCUUAAGUUCUCAACAUCCAGUGAUACCCAGUAAAGCUUGCCCCAACAUCAUCCCACGAUCUGCUUGGGAAGCCAGAGAGACACACUGCCCUCAAAUGGACCUCCCAGCCAAAUAUGCCAUCAUUAUUCACACUGCGGGGAUAGGCUGCAAUGUAUCCAUGGACUGCCUGCUUUGCGUCAGAGGUAUACAGUCCUUCCACAUGGACAAACGAGAUUUUUGUGACAUCGGAUAUCACUUCCUGGUAGGUGAGGAUGGUGGAGUGUAUGAAGGGCUUGGCUGGUAUAGCCAAGGGUCUCACACCUACGGAUACAACGAUAUCGCUCUGGGAAUUGCCUUCAUGGGCAACUUCGUAGAAAAGCCUCCAAAUGCAGUUGCUCUGAAGGCAGCCCAGGACCUGAUCCAGUGUGCUGUGGUCAAGGGGUAUCUGGACCCCAACUACCUGCUGCUGGGCCAUAGUGAUGUGGUCAACACCCUGUCCCCUGGACAGGCUUUGUACAACAUCAUCAAGACGUGGCCUCACUUCAGAAACUGAGGGCAGGCUCUCCCACUUCUGGGGCUGCUCUUCCCAAUAGGUCUCUGUCCUCACCUCCCACUUUGCCUCAACAUCCAUGUCCCCCUCCUCUGCCAACCCCACCUUGUUCCCUUUCCCCAGGCUGGGAUGAGAAUGUCCUUUCCUGUUAACAUCCUCCAGCAUCCCCGGGUCCCCGCAGGGAGACAUCCACAGCCCUCUGUGUCUGAGCCCAACCUCUUUUCUCUUCACUUUCCUGAGCACCAGCUGCUCGGCCAGGUGAGAUGACAGGCUGGUUCCUGUCAUGCUUGUCUUUCCCUUUCUGUCUGCCUUUUUACCUGGUGCCCCUUCCCCUGUGGUCUGGCUGGCAGCCCUCAGUCCUCGCCCAUCACCCAGGCCAGGUGCCCACCCUUCUUCUCUGCUCAUACAGCGACUUGUACAGAUUUGUAUGCUAAUUUUAUUUAAAGCCUGCAAUGGUUUACACACAUGUCUGUUGUCUCCUGGACUGGAAGUUUCUCCAGGGAGUAGCUGGUUUUUAUUUAUCUCCUUGUCCUCAGUUCCUGAGCAGUGUAUGGAAUUUAGUAAGUUUUCUUAGAUGUUUGUUGAAAAAAUGGAUGAGUAAAUGAAUGGAUUAACCCUGGCCCUUACUCACUCAGCCAGUUUGCUCCAUCCUCUCCUCUUUGGGAAGCCCUUUUGGACAGUGCUAUUUCCUCCCAAUCUGCGGCUCAGAGCUGGUUCUGGUAGCUUUCCUGUUGUGGGUGCUGUGUUUUCAGGGUCCUGUGUCCCUGACUCUGCACAGUAUGCUGAGGCAGGUACUGCAUGCACCACUCACUAGGGCCAGCUCAGGGCAGUGUCCUCACAAGCUUCCCGGUGCCUGCUGCCUACCUGUGCCUGGCCAGACUUCAGUGGGUAUUGAGUAGUGCCAGGACCCAGAGCCUUGAUUCCCAGGACCCUCUUGCCCAGAGAACAGGCCUAUCCUCUUAAAUAGGGGUCAGACGGCACUGCUGUUCAAUAGAGGCAAAGAAUCUGGUUUCUGUUUUCACUGAGCUUGAUCUGAGAAAAAGGGAAAGAGAGAAGAGAGGAAUCAUAAGGAGCCAGAAACAUGGGCUCCCCCAGAUAUUUCUUUCCUUUCUUAUUUGCACUGUGUUUUUGCUGUGACAGUGUGUACCCAUCUCAUACAAGUUAGACGUUAAUAACCUCACAUGUACACAGCUCUUUGUGCUUCACCAAGGCUCCCUGAGGUCUCACUGGAUUGACUCUCCCCACUUGGCAUUUUCCCUAAGGAGUUCCAGGCGAUAAAAAGGGAAGGGACGGUUUGUCUAUAGCAUCAAACUGAUUCAGACAGGCUUGACACCUCUUCCUGAUUUACACAUCCAGAGGAAUGCUGCCUGGGACACUUGGCCCACCCAGCCCUCCCUGUGGGGUAGGAGCUGAGCACACGUUCUGGGGAGAGAUCCUCAGCAUGGUGAGCUUAACAGCCCCUCUCGCAGAGGUGGUCUAAGGGGUAGAUGUGAGAUGUUCAGAAACGGUCUCACGAAAAAGCUGUGUGCUAUGGUUUGACCGAGUCCCCCAAAAGGCAUGUGCUAGAAAUCUCAUCCCUACCUGCAGCGGCAUUGAGAAGCAGGGCUUCUGAAAGAUGAGUAGUGCAUUAAUGCUACUGUUGUGAGGGUGGAGUUGUUGAACAACGAGUCCGACCCUCUCCUGCAUUCUCUCUCUCCCUCUCCUGUGCACUCUGGCAUGCACGUGCUUUCUCACCCUCCUGUAUUCUGCUAUGGGGUGGCACAGCAAGGACAGCCUUCUCCACUGUGGGCCUCUCUGCCUUACAUUUCUCAGCCUCUAAAACGAAGAAAUAAAUUUGACUUUU